AUGGAACGCCAUAACCAAGUGGCUGGUAUAGUGUACAGAAAUAUUUGUGCCGAGUACAGGCUGGAAGUACCAAAGUCAAGAUGGGAUACACCCCCAAAGGUGGUUGAGAAUGACCAAGCUAAGAUCCUGUGGGACAUCAAGAUAAAAACUGAGAGCCGAGCCAAAAGAGCCGAAUCUGUGAAAAGAGCCGGACCUCCCAUCACUACCAUUUACAGCCCUGACAUUCUUGAGAACAUCCCUGAGAAGUGGACCCCCGAGGUGAAACACUUCUGCCCUAAUGUUCCCAUUAUACUGGUGGGAAAUAAAAAGGACCUGCGCAAUGACGAGCACACCCGAAGGGAGCUUGCCAAAAUGAAGCAGGAACCUGUGAAACCAGAGGAUGGCCGGGACAUGGCUAACAGGAUCAGUGCCUUUGGAUACAUGGAGUGCUCUGCAAAAACAAAGGAUGGUGUGAGGGAAGUUUUUGAAAUGGCCACCAGGGCGGCACUACAGGCCAGGCGGGGAAAGAAGAGCAAUAAAUGUGUCCUACUGUAAACGGGGGCAUGAGGACUGCUUCCUAC